ACUGUUUUCAAGGCAUCUGAGAAAAUUGCUCACAAUUCGUACUCGCUUCCAUUGAUUUGUUGUGGCAGCCAAUUGAGCACUCUUCAAAGCCCAAAAUUGUACAAUCCACACACCGCAGCACCAUGGGCUCCCGGUCACGCACUCCCAGUCCGUCGGGCAAGCGCCGCCACCACAAGAGCAAGCACAAAAAACGCAGUAAGUCCCACCACGACCACGAGCGGCCCAGUACGCGGGCGGAUAGAGACAAAUCAUCGGAGGUGAACAGCCACGGACGGCACCGCGAGCGGGACCGGGAUCGCGACCGGGACAGACAUCGCGGCGACCGCCACACGGAGCGCGACUACCGCCACUCGCCCUCGAUCCUCAAGUCCCGGAAGCGCUCCUCGUCGUCGAGCAGCGACAGUCAGUACUCCGACAAGGAGUCGCAGCGCAGCAAACAGAAACGCAGCCGCUUCAAGAAGCUGGAAGAGCAAAACCAACUGCAGGUCGAACGGCUGGCCGAGAUGGAGCGGCAGCGGCGGGCCAAGGAGGCCGAGCAGAAAAUCAUCGAGGAGGAGGCCGCCAAGCGCAUCGAGAUGCUGGUGAAGAAGCGCGUGGAGGAGGAGCUGGAGAAGCGGCGGGAUGAGAUCGAGCAGGAGGUCAAUCGACGUGUCGAGACCGCCAAAGCCGAGAUGGAGCGCGAGAUGAUGCUGGAGCUGGAGCGACGGCGCGAGCAGAUACGCGAAGAAGAACGCCGGCGCGAGGUAGGUGCUCGUAUUCAGAUUCCGCUGGACGACUGCUGCUAUCACUGUCAGAAAAACGUACACAAUGCCACAUCUACCGUAAACUCGAACAAACCCAAAACAGCAGUUCAAACAGUCGUCUUCACUACGUUAGGCGAAAUCGAUCCGGCGGCGCUCUCAGCCACGGCUCACUGGGCGUUCAUCCAUCAUCCGUCACCCAUCAUCCCAUGUCCCAUCGGCAUUCCCCUAACAAUAGAUAUAAGCUUGCAUAACCCCGGGCACUGGGCGCCCUCUAACCGGCUAUAUCACUAACCAGUCGUCACGCCUUUUUCAGAGCCCCACCCACCUGCAGCCUGCCACGCAGUGAGUCGGGAUGUGAGCGCCACGGCUGAUUUCGCCCCUUUCUUCUUGCCAAUAAUUUUUGUAAUUUUUAUUUUUCCUACCAAAAAAGCCAUAAUGACGACACUGCCAUGUGUCGCAUGUGUCACAGUCACAGUUACAGUUUUGAAGCCCAUUAUUGCAGACCUCUUUGCAUACUCUUAGCUUCAUCUUUUGUUCGUUCCUACCCCCACAUACUGUAUCAUUUUAAUUUUGGUAUUGGUUCUUGUAACUCGUUGUUGUUGUUAUUGCGCGCGAACUCCGCUUCAGUAGGCCCGUGCAACGAACGUGCUGCUCUUGUCCCGUCUGCAAGUGGGUGUUUUGUGACCCGAACCCGCAAAACACUUGCGUGCACUACACGUUGAGCCGCAAUGCCGGAAAUUCCAUGGACGCACUUCCUCCACAACCCCCAAAAUACAAAAAAUCCACAUAAAAAAAACAAAGCAAAUCGAAGUGGUGUCCCCAAGUUAGUUCGGGUAGUUAGGCUGUCUAGUUGUGGGGCGGGCCGACUGAUUUAAGUCCCAACUGUACCUGUACGCUGCAUGCAAACCAAAUCAAUGCCAAUAAACGACGGGUGAGUUUCCUACGCCAGCGAUGUGAUAAGCCAGCAGCCGUAAGGAUAACAGGCGCGACAACCACCUUAACUUGCCUUGCGAUCGGCGAAUGGACGCCAAUGAGACCCAAAGACAUACCCCAAAUGUUUAGCCCUAUAGAUCUCUGUCUGUAAGAUUUUUAAUAACCGGAUUCACAUUGGAUUCUUGACCGUACCAAUUGCCAAGUAUUUGUGUUUGAGUUUUUUGUUUUUUCGAGCAAUUAAUGUACGUCUGGAUUAGCGACAAACUCCACAAAUCAUAUACCCAAAUCGAAAAUCUGCAAAAAAAAAUCUAUAAAUUAACACAAAUUUAGCCUUUGUACUGGAAUAAUGACCUAUUUAAAUAGUAAGUAGCAACAAUAAAAAAAAAAAAAUUCAAAUGAAGACCAACCAUUUAGCAAAUACUUAGUACAUUUGUUUAUGUUGUGUGCUCCUUUAUUGUAAUAAACUAAAAGAACAACCUACUUUAAACAUACUUAU